UCACUCUCUCUCUCUCUCUCUCUCUCUCUUCACUCUCUCACUGAUAUUUUCCAUUCUUAUACUCCUCUUUUAUUAUAAUAAUAACUCUCUUUCAUUCUCAUAUAGUUUUUUCUCUUCCUUUCAUCUCUGGGCUUGGCUUUUUCGUGUUUGGUCUUUCCAUUCAUGGUCGUUCAACUGCUGUACACAUUCAUUAUAUUUUUAAAUCAAACACUUAAACAAAUAAAGUAAAUAGAUUUAAUUAUACCCUUCUCUCUAACUCUCCUAUUUAAAGAAAGAAAAAAAAAACAACUACCAUGUUGAUUUCGUGUAUUAUUAUAUAAUGUUCAUGGGUCUUCUUAAGUGUUGAAAGAGUUAGUUUUUUAAAAAAAAAAAAAAAAAAAAAUUUGCAAGCCAGGGCAACCCAUAAUGGAUUUGGAAAGUUCACUCUUUUGAAUUAAAAAAAAAAAAAUCCUUGUUCUUUCUCUGUGCAAAUGGGUUUUCUUUGUUAUAUAGCAACAAUGGCUUUUUCCCCGAAUCACUGAGACAAACAAAACGAAACCAUGGAUCUGGAAAGUGGGUCAUAUCAAAACCAAGCUAAUAAGAAAAAAUCAUGGAGGACAAUUCUGAGCCUGGCGUUUCAGAGCCUGGGAGUUGUAUACGGAGAUUUGAGUACUUCACCUUUAUACGUCUACAAAAGCACAUUCGCGAAGGACAUAGCGCACUCGGACACGAACGAGGAGAUUUACGGCGUGUUGUCGUUCGUGUUCUGGACUCUGACUUUGGUCCCUCUUCUCAAAUACGUCUUCAUAGUUCUCCAGGCCAACGACAAUGGCGAGGGAGGGACUUUCGCACUCUACUCGCUGCUGUGUCGACACGCCCGAGUCAGCUCGCUCCCCAAUUGCCAGGUGGCGGAUGAGGAGCUCUCCGACUACAGGGACAAGAAGGAUUCUUCGUUGUUAUCGGCAUCGGCGCCGAGGAAAUCCGGGAUUGGGCCGAGGAUCAGGGCGGCGCUGGAGAGGCACGGCGUGUUGCAGAGGCUGCUUCUGGUUCUUGCUUUGAUUGGGACUUGCAUGGUCAUUGGUGAUGGUGUUCUUACGCCUGCUAUUUCAGUUUUCUCUGCAGUUUCUGGGCUUGAGCUUUCCAUGUCUAAAGAGCAUCAUAAAUAUGUUGAAGUCCCAAUUGCUUGUAUCAUACUGAUUUGCUUGUUUUCGCUUCAACAUUACGGCACCCACAAGGUUGGCUUCUUGUUUGCUCCCAUAGUCAUGACAUGGCUUUUGUGCAUCAGUGCCAUCGGAGUCUAUAACAUUUUCCGCUGGAACCAUCAUGUGUACCGCGCACUCUCCCCGUAUUACAUGUAUGAUUUUUUGAAGAAAACGCAAACUGAAGGUUGGAUGUCCCUAGGUGGAAUUUUAUUGUGUAUAACAGGUUCAGAAGCUAUGUUUGCUGAUCUUGGACACUUUUCACAAUUGUCAAUCAAGAUUGCUUUCACUUCCAUGGUUUAUCCGGCUUUAGUUCUUGCAUAUAUGGGCCAAGCAGCAUUUCUGUCUAGGCACCAUUUUGAUAAAGAUCAUCAUAACAUUGGAUUUUAUGUGUCUGUACCAGAAAAACUAAGAUGGCCCGUUCUCAUAAUAGCUGUGCUUGCUGCCGUAGUAGGAAGCCAGGCCAUCAUUACCGGAACUUUUUCGAUCAUUAAACAAUGUUCCGCCCUUGGCUGCUUCCCUAGGGUCAAAAUUGUCCACACCUCAUCCAAAUUCCAUGGUCAAAUUUACAUACCAGAGAUCAAUUGGAUAUUAAUGAUACUAUGCUUGGCUGUUACUAUUGGUUUCAGAGACACACGACGCUUGGGGAAUGCAUCAGGUUUGGCAGUUAUAACUGUCAUGCUGGUCACUACCUGCUUAAUGUCUCUAGUUAUUGUCUUGUGCUGGAACCGGAGCGUCUUCUGGGCAAUUUGCUUCGUAGUCUUUUUUGGCGCGAUUGAAGCUCUCUAUUUUUCUGCUUCUUUAAUCAAGUUCCUUGAAGGAGCUUGGGUUCCGGUCGUCCUUUCAUUCAUAUUCUUAAUUAUCAUGUAUGUUUGGCACUAUGGAACAAUCAAGAAAUACGAGUUUGAAAUGCACAACAAGGUUUCCCUCAACUGGCUACUCACCCUUGGCCCCAGCCUAGGCAUUGUACGCGUCCGCGGUAUUGGAAUUAUACACACUGAACUUGUAUCCGGAAUCCCUGCAAUCUUCUCCCAUUUUGUCACCAAUGUUUCAGCCUUCCACCAGGUCCUAGUUUUCCUCUGCAUCAAAUCUGUCCCAGUCCCACGUGUGAAGCCCGAGGAACGGUUCCUGGUGGGUCAAAUUGGACCAAAAGAGUACAGGUUGUACAGGUGCAUUGUUCGAUAUGGCUAUCGCGACAUCCACAAGGAUGCCGUGGAGUUUGAGAAUGAUCUAGUAUGUAGUAUAGCAGAGUUCAUCCGCUCGGGGAACGCUGAAUUGAAUGAAGACAUGGAAAAGGAAGAUGGCCAAAUGACGGUUGUUGGGACAAGGUCUGCUGCCAAUGCAGAUGGGAUUCGGUUGAGGGAGGACAGUGAAGACUACGAGUGUACAGUUGGAACAUCCAAGCAUAGGGAGAUAAUGUCCCCACCGGUGACCCAACAAAAGAAAAGGGUCAGGUUCGUCGUGCCAGAGAGCCCGAAGAUUAAUGUGGGCGCAAAGGAGGAACUAGCGGAGUUGAUGGAGGCUAGGGAAGCAGGGAUAGCUUACAUACUAGGGAACACGUACAUGAGAGCAAAGCAAGGAUCAAGCUUAGUGCGGAGGUUUGCGAUCGACUAUGGAUACGAGCUCUUGAGGAGGAAUAGCAGAACAGCCACUUCUUCACUAAGCAUACCUCAUGCAUCUAGUUUGGAGGUGGGGAUGAUCUACCAUGUUUAAGUUUUGGUGGAAAAAAAAAAAAAAAAAAAAAGUAGAAAGUGUAAAUGUGAUUUUGUGCAAAUAGUAAAAAACCCACCAUUGUUUUCAUGGUGGUUAAAAGAGAUGUGCGGCAGCUCAGUCAUUCGCGUGGUGCAGAGCCUCUUUUUUUUCCCUUCUUUUUCUUUUUUUUCUUUUUUCCCCUUAUUUUUCUUUUU